AUGGCGAACCAGAACCGUCUCCAAGAUAUGCCAUUUGAUACUCCCUGGUUCAACUCACAGCCCAAAGAUUUCUUCAACUCCCUCAACAAGUCAAAGAACUACAACAUCGUUCUCACAGCCGAAACCGACGACUUCGACGAAGAGACGAUAACGCAAUGGCGGGAAGAGGGGUUUGUGGUGAAGUACGUGCCGUUGGGUAAUGAUGGAGGCCAGAGAUAUGUCCAGAGGGUCAGACUGGCAGGAGACACGUUCGGUGCGGCGGAGUACUAUGCGAUCGUAGCAUUCAGCGACGCAGCCUCCUUGAUCCUGCAAUCACAUCUCAAGCCGAACCAUCCGAAGCUCGUGGCCAUCGUGGCAUACUAUCCUGGCCUGAUACCAAAACCGACUACUAAAUAUCCGCCCGGUGUCAAGGUGCUGGUUCAUCUUGCUGGAACGGAGAUCAAGCUCCAGCAUCAUCCUGAGGUGCUCGGUCUUUCUUCCUCGAAAGCGAAGAUCAUCAAGAAGCGCAUAGAUCCUGGUGCUGGGUAUGGCGAGAGUCUGAACUUUGGUUUCAAGACAUACACGUAUACCGGUUUGGAGAAUGGCUUUGCUGAAAGAGACCUGGACGAAUACGAUCCUGUUGCUGAACAGAUUGCCUUCUCACGCAGUCUAUCAGUUAUCCGGAAAGCUUUCCGAAUCGAUGACACAGAAACGAGGCUCGAGCACAACCGUGAUACCCUCGUUGAUGCUACCGCGCGCGGCGUAUCCGAGAAAACACUGAUCUCCAACGUCAGGCCUUACGCACACGUACUCCACGGACCUACCCUGACCGGCGGAGCAGGAACAGUCGAUCUAAAGAAAUUCUACACCGACUUCUUCCACCCCUUACCACCAAGCUUUCGCUCUCGUCUCAUGUCGCGCACGUUAGGUACAGAUGCCUCGCGCCUCGUGGACGAACUCUAUAUCACAUUCACGCAUACAACGGAGAUACCCUGGAUGCUACCAGGUAUACCAGCGACGCAGAAGAAAGUCGAGAUCGUGUUGAUUUCCAUCGUCAGGAUGGUGGGAGGGAAGUUGGAGAGCGAGCACGUGUAUUGGGAUCAGGCGAGUGUGCUUGUGCAGGUGGGGCUGUUGAGUCCGAAGAUGGUGCCGGAGAAGUGGAAGAAGAAGGGGGUUGUGGAGUUGCCGGUUUGGGGGUGUGAGGGAGCGAGGGCGAUGAAGAGGGCCGGGAGUUCGCAUGUUAAUGAGUUGAUUGAGGGGUGGGAUGAUAACGGGAAGUAG